UCUCUCUCUCUGUGUGUGUGUGUGUGUGUGUUUGGGGGGUGUCAGACUGUCGGCUACUCACUCGCCAGGCCUAGGCCCGGAGCCUGGGGCUCGAUUUUGCAGCGGCCGCGGGACGAUGGGGAUGAAAGCGGCGGCGCUGGGCUUGCUGACCCUCCUCCUGCUCCUGGCGGACGCGGGACGGACCGAACCCAAGAUUUGUCAAAGUAUUGACAUCCGAAACAACAUAACCCUUUUCCACCGAUUGAGAAACUGCACCGUCAUCGAGGGCUACCUGCAGAUCCUACUGAUGUUCCAGACGAAGACAGAAGAUUUCCGCGGCCUGAGCUUUCCCGAGUUGACGAUGGUCACCGAUUACGUGCUCCUCUUCCGCGUCUACGGCUUGGAGAGCUUGAAAGAUCUCUUCCCCAACUUGACUGUGAUCCGCGGCACUCGCCUGUUCUUCAACUACGCCCUGGUCAUCUUUGAGAUGUUGCACUUCAAAGAGAUCGGCCUGUACAAUCUGGUCAAUAUCACCCGAGGGGCGGUGAGGAUCGAAAAGAACCCAGAGCUCUGCUAUCUCUCCACACUGGACUGGUCCAAGAUCCUGGAUUCCGUAGAAAACAACUACAUCAAGUCGAAUAAAGUGGAUCAAGAGUGCGGGAACGUGUGCCCGGGGGCCCUGCAGAGAAAGUACAGCUGCCCACAAACCGUGUUCAACGAUCAGUUCACCCAAAGGUGUUGGACCAGCGAGCACUGCCAGCGAGUUUGCCCGUCAGAAUGCCAUCACAGAGCCUGUACCCCCAACGGCCGUUGCUGCCACGACGAGUGUCUGGGGAGCUGCUUGGAGCCUAGGAACGCCAGGAAGUGCGUGACAUGCCGCCGUUAUUACCACGAGGGAGAGUGCGUCCCAGACUGCCCGAUGGGCACCUACCGCUUCGAGGGCUGGCGCUGCAUCAGUUUCGCCUUCUGUCAGCAGCUGUACAGCGAGUGCAACCACUCCCGGGAGAGCGACUGCACUCAGUACGUCAUACACAACGGGGAAUGCAUCCCCGACUGCCCUUCAGGAUACAUCGUCAACACCACCAGCCUCCUGUGUAUGCCGUGCAGUGGGCUCUGCCCCAAGGUGUGUCCUGUGAACGUCAAGGCCAUCGAGUCUGUGAAAGCCGCACAGGAACUGCGAGGCUGCACCGUCAUCAAAGGCAGUCUGGUCAUCAACAUCCGCGGAGGAACCAACAUCGCAGCGGAGCUGGAAGCCAACCUGGGCCUGAUUGAAGUCAUCACCGGGUAUCUGAGGAUCCGCAGAUCCUAUGCUCUGGUGUCUCUCAGUUUCUUCCGUAGCCUGACUCUGAUUAAAGGCGAUACACUGGAGCUUGGGAUGUAUUCCUUCUACGUGCUGGACAAUCAGAACCUGCAGCAGCUGUGGGAUUGGAAUAAACACAAUCUGACCAUCUCCCGGGGAAAGAUGUUCUUCCAUCACAACCCCAAGCUCUGCCUCACCGAGAUCUUCAAGAUGGAGACGAUCACGGGCCUCAAGGGCCGGGAGGAAAAAUCUGACAUCGCCCUCAAAACCAACGGAGACCAAGCUUCCUGUGAAAGCCAGCGCCUAAGCUUCGUCACCAAUAAGACAGGGACGGAUAAGAUCAUGUUAAAGUGGGAGCCGUACUGGCCCCAGGAUUUCCGGGACCUGCUGGGCUUCAUGGUUUUCUUCAGAGAAGCCCCUUAUCAGAAUGUAACGGAGUUUGACGGUCAGGACGCCUGUGGGUCUAACAGCUGGACGGUGGUGGAUGUGGAGCCCCCUGCUCGUGUCACGGAAGGGAAGCAGAGUAACCCGGGCACCCUGCUCCGCGGCCUCAAGCCCUGGACGCAGUACGCCAUCUUCGUGAAGACACUUCUCACCAUCAGCGACGAGCAGCGAAACCACGGGGCCAAGAGCGAUAUCGUCUACAUCCGCACCACGGCGGGGGUUCCGUCGUUUCCACUGGAUCCGAUAUCCGUGUCCAACUCCUCUUCCCAGAUUAUCCUGAAGUGGAAGCCUCCGUCUGACAGGAACGGGAAUAUCACUCACUACCUGGUGUUCUGGCAGCAGCAGCCAGAGGACAGCGAGCUCUUUGAGUUUGACUAUUGUCAGAAAGGACUCAAGUUGCCGUCCCGCAACCCCACCACGCAGAACGAUCAGGAGGACACACACAAGCAGAACCAGACAGACCUGGGCCAGGAUUCUGAAGAGUGCUGUGCCUGCCCCAAAACCGAGUCCCAGCUCAAGAGGGACGCCGAGGAGGCGGCCUUCCAGAAAACGUUCGAGAACUACCUGCACAACGAGGUUUUUAUGAUAAGACCGCCAACUCAAGAUAAUGACUCUAAGGACCGUAGGCCUUCCCGGAAGCGCAGGGAACUGGGAACGUUUUCCAAUGGCACGAUGCCCGAGUCCACCACACCUCCCUCCGGGAGCAACGCUUCGGUCACCCGGCCCCCCAACGAGGAGGAGGACUAUCCCAAGAUGUCAGAGAAGGUGUGGAUGAAGGAGUCGCUGGUGAUCUCUAACCUGCGGCACUUCACGGGCUACCGGAUCGAGAUCCACGCCUGCAACCACGACGCGCACAAUGUGGGCUGCAGUGUGGCCGCCUACGUGGGCGCGAGGACCAUGCCCGAAGAGAAGGCCGAUGACAUCGUGGGUCGGGUCACCCAAGAGGUCAUUGACAAAGUGGUCAAUAUACGAUGGGAAGAGCCCAAGUCACCAAACGGCCUCAUCGUCCUGUACGAGGUCCACUACAAGCGUCUGGGAGACACCGAGGAGAUGCAGCAGUGUGUGUCCCGCAAGCGUUUCCUGAGCGAGAAAGGCUGCAGGGUCAAAGUGCAUCAUCCCGGCAACUACACAGUCAAAGUGCGGGCAACCUCGCUGGCUGGCAAUGGCUCGUGGACGGAGCCCAUUUCCUUCUUUGUUCAAGAUGCAUCCUUAAAUCGCGAGAGUGACCUUUACAAGAUAAUUGGUCCGGUCAUCUUUGCAAUCUUGCUCAUGGUCUUGGUUCCAGUUGUCUUCUUAGUAGUGAAGAAGAGACGAACCGAGGUGCCGACAGGAAUAUUUUACACUUCUUCAAACCCGGAGUAUAUCAGUGCCAGUGAAGUCUACGUGCCAGACGAGUGGGAGGUCCUGAGGGAGAAGGUCGAUCUGCUGCGGGAGCUGGGACAGGGUUCCUUCGGGAUGGUUUACGAAGGAAUCGCCAAAGACAUCGUCAAGGGAGAGCCCGACACUCACGUGGCCGUCAAAACCGUCAACGAGUCAGCCAGCCUGCGGGAACGCAUCGAGUUCCUGAACGAGGCAUCUGUCAUGAAGGCGUUUACCUGUCACCACGUGGUGCGGUUACUUGGAGUCGUGUCCAAAGGGCAGCCCACGCUGGUGGUUAUGGAGCUGAUGACACACGGGGAUCUGAAGAGCUAUUUGCGUUCGCUCCGCCCUGAUGCCGAGAAUAACCCGGGCCGCCCCCCGCCCACCCUGAAAGAGAUGGUACAGAUGGCAGCCGAGAUCGCAGACGGAAUGGCCUACCUGAACGCCAAGAAGUUUGUUCACCGAGACCUGGCGGCUCGUAACUGCAUGGUGGGCGAGGAUUACACUGUGAAGAUCGGAGACUUUGGGAUGACACGAGACAUAUACGAAACCGACUACUAUCGUAAAGGUGGCAAAGGGCUGCUCCCUGUACGAUGGAUGGCGCCAGAAUCCCUGAAGGAUGGAGUGUUCACCACGUACUCUGAUGUUUGGUCGUUCGGAGUUGUUCUGUGGGAGAUCAGUAUGUUAGCGGAACAGCCAUAUCAGGGACUGUCCAACGAACAGGUCCUGAAGUUCGUCAUGGAAGGAGGGUUUUUGGAUCGUCUGGAAAGCUGUCCUGAAAGAUUCUGCUUUACAAGGGAAACAAGGGCCUUGUAUUUGCAAACGAAAGAAAGAAAGAAAAAAAGAAAGAAAGACAAACGUAUUUUUUUCCGCCAAGUGGCUAGUUGUACAUGUACGAAACUGUGAAGAAACCAAGGAAAAGAAAAAACACACACACAUAUAAAUAUAUAUAAAUAUAUAUAUAUACAUAAUAUAUACAUGGGCGUACGUACAAGGCGUACAAAGUAAAUCAGAGACUCAUUUCCAAGGCUGCUAUUGUAGCUGUGGUUCCCAGAGAUGAGAGAGAAGCAACCUAAUGGGACUUUUCAUGUAAUGGAGUGUUUUAGGCUAAAAGAUUUUGGGGGGAAAAUACACCAUCUGCAAUCCUAAACUUAACGUUGAGUUCCUCCUCCUGAUACGUGAACUCUAUAAACAAAUGGUGGGAAUUUUUUUAGGACAGAAAAAAAGCCACACACACACACACAACGUUAACUGAAUGUUCUGUCAAAUUCCAACCAACGCUUAAACACUGAUGUCCUGUUUUUUUCAACAAAAAAAGAAAGACAAAUCACGGCUGAGAGACAUUUAAAGACAGGUUGGAUUACAGUUCCUCAGACCAGAAGCUGCUGCUUUCUCUUUUUGUGGGUUCCGAUUUUUUUUAAAAAGAAAAAAAUUCCUGUGCGUCGAUAUUUUUGUACAUAAUAAUUCAUGUUUUUUUUUCCCCCUUCCUCGUAAGGUCUUUGCAAUAAUGAAGUCAGUUCCUAAGGGCCAACCAGUCAUCCAAAGAAGCUGUAUUUAUUAUUCAUAAUAAGCGGGCUGCCAUAUUACAGAAAGGAAACUAAUGUCUUUCUCGAUUUAGAUGAUUUGUCGGGAGGAGAAACAGUUAAGGACAAAUCAAUAAACAGGAUAAGGUUGGGUAAAGGCAAAAGCUCUUUAGUGGCCCUUUGGGGUCAGAAAGGUGCUUCUUAAAGCUGUGACUUAAAACGGAGAGUAAAGGUGGUUGAUAGUUUAAACAAAAAGUUAUUUUGUGACUUAUAGGUUCAGGCAGGAGCAGAACAUCGAUCCAUCCAAUGGCUCAAUCCGAGUGGGUCUUAAACCUUUGUUUGUAACGCGGUUAAGUUGAGGAUUGUAGCUAAGGUGGAGGAAGAAUAUGUUGUUGUCAAGCGUUAGUUUGUUGGAGUUUGGUUGGUGAGGUUUCAAUUUUUUUUAUGACUGUGGAGGUGCGGUAUUGGGAGGAGAGAGAGGGUGGAAUCGAGAAGAUUCACAGCAUUUGGCCUCAUUCCAGAGUUCUUGAUUAAACAGCAAAACAAACUACAAGCAACGUAGGCAGAAGCUUUGGUAUGUCCCAGUCAGUCAACGGAUUUCCUAUUGUCUUAGGUUUGGCGGUGAUGGGAGAUAGAGGGGGAUGAGGAGAGGCAGAGAUGCUGAAAAGGAUAUGAACCAACCAGUGGAAGUCAAGAUAACUAUUGCUGUGAAAUGCAAGUCUGUGGCUUGUCAGCAAAAAGAGAACUUGGGGAGUUUUAUGAUCCUUGACAGGGGAGGGGAGGGGAGGAGAGGGGAAGGAAGAGAUUGGUUAUAACCUUGUGCAUGUGUAUAAGGUUGUUAACUUUGGAAACACACAUAAGAACUGUUGCGUACAAUACAAUACUUACCGAGGCUCUUCUGAUCACUAUUGAGAGUCCUUAGGAGAGAUUUUUACUGAAUAUUUGUAUGCGUCUUGCCAUGUUAAGUUACACAGAGCUGCAGCCUGGUGUUGAUAACCAAUGGUGGGCUUGAGACUACAGAUUGGAGAAUACUGCUUCGAACACUCACUCUCCUGGGUUAGGCUGAUAAGGAAGAAAAGCCACUUUGACCGUGUAGAUGUUACUAAGCAAAAUAAAAAGCCCAGCUUUAGAGCGAGAUGCAUACAAGCAACCUUCGGAGGGAUAGGAUGGGAGGAAGGGAGAAGUUGAUGCUUUUAAUGUAGACGAGAAAGAUGCAGGUGCCAUAUUUCAUACAUAUUAAUAUCGUGCUUUAUCUGAUAACUGAGCUCCACUGGUAGUAAUGUGAAUGAAUCCCCCUCUCACGCUUCAUUCAAGCACACUCUGGGUGUCAUUAUUGUGCCACUAACAUAGAACGGAGGUAGUCCUGGGGGCUUGGGCACACUUCUGUGAAAGAACAGUGCCAGAAGGGUGGGUGUUUUGCACACUGUGCUGUGUCAGCUUGGCUGAAUUGGUUGGCGGUGUGAGAAUGUGCCCAGCUAUCAGAUGAAUUGGAAGUUGAUUUUAUCAGGUUAACAAGUGCGGCUCAGUGGUUUGGCCAAGUUUCUCUCACUCUGAGGCACUUUGUGACGAUAUCCGCUCAUCUCCUCUCUCUUUCUCCCCCCCCCCGCCUACCCCCGGCUGAUCUGAACAUGUCCUGUAUGUUUGAUUACGAACCCCUUUCCCCGCAGACACUAAAGCUUCUGUUGAACCAUUUUGGUUGUGAUUCAUUUUCUCUCUGAAAGCAUUCAGGUUUGCUUGGGAUGUUCGAUUAGAUUUCAUUCUAAAUCGUGUGUAAGAACAGUCCUAAUGAGUGCAGCCCAAGCAAAGGCUUUCCAACGAACUGAUUUAGCUUGUGCCAAGCUUAGCAGAGUGUGUGUGUGUGUGUGCGCAAGAGAGAUCCCAUGGAACUGAGCUGCGGUUUAGAUCUUGAGGAUGGAAGGGAAGAGGAGAGCACAGAGCAGUGGAGAGAAAUGGCAAGGAACUUAUGCAUUAUGCUGCCUUCUGGAGAAUUGUUUAGAAAGGGGUGCUUGAUAGAGGUCAUGGUUAAUGUUGUCUGAGAAAAGGUUAAUCUUAUUAAACAGAUUUGCUUUAUUGUACAUAGUGUAAAAUUAACAAUAGGGUGCCUAGAUUCUUCUUUAUACAAACCGAGAAGCCAAGUGAACGUUCUUUACUCUAAAUACGCAAAUGGACACUCUACACUACAGGCAAGAGAGAAAUCUCACACUUUUUUUGUAAUUCUGAAGAUUUUCUUAUAUUGAAGAAAUUAAUAUUUUAUUUAUUUUUAUUAAUAUUAUAGAAAUCACUGUAAAGAAUCCCAAUUUGCAGUCAACACAGGAACGAGUAGCGUAUUGGAAGAUAGAUUAUUGUUGGCAAUGAGUUUUUAAAAAAAUAAAUAAGGCGAUGGAGGUGGAGUGAUAUUAAUUUUUCUGGCACAGUCUACCUCAGUGCUUCUUUCAGAUUAGUAAACAGCCGCAUCUUAUGAUAAUUAAUUCUGUUUUCGUUUUUUUUAACAAAAAACAAACGCAUACAUUUUCAAUUCUCUUUGAGGAGUGACUGGGAACUUGGUGUUUGUCCCCAAUACUAUACUCAGCAUUACAGUGCACCCCCAAACCAUUUUGGUGCCUUUGGCCAUAUAGAUAGAGGGGAAGAUCUUUAAUUACUUAAAGCCUCGGAAGAUUAAGCCGGCAGUGAGGCCAAGGAGAGUUGCUCGGUUUCCCAAUCGAGAGAGUGAGAAGUUGCAAAACUUUUUCUUUUGCUUUUCUUAAAAACUUCUUUCACGUAAGCCACAUGUAAGCUGUUUCCUCUCCAUAUCCUGAAAUAGUUGAAUGGACUGUGAACACAUUGGGAUUGGGAUGGCUGACUUAGUUGCUCCUGGUGAUUACAAGGCUCUGUUAAGACCACAGAGUAGCGGGAACGUUGGAGGUCAACAAAAGAACCCUUUUGUCUCGUUCUAAUGUAGUAUUGGCAAGGACCACUCUUCCAGUCACUCCUUACUCCUCAGUCCGUGCUGUGGGCUUGACAAUUCAAUUGAGGGAGGGGGAGCGUUCUUGUGAGCAGGCAGUCGGUGCACACUGUGUGUGUGUUUUGUGUUUGUGUGUACAUUUACACACAAACACACACACGUACAAUACAAUAGGAAAACACCUGGCCAAAUAUUACAGCAUUGGCUGUUUGUGUGUAUGUGAGACUUGCUCCCAAACUCUUUCUUUGUUCCUCUUCAAAAGCUGCUAGGUUUUUGAGUUGCUGCUGUGCGCCCUUGCUCAAGUUAUACUUUCCCAGUCACGGGGACUUGUUCAGUUUAUAGACAGAUACGUUUGGUUAAGAAACUCACCCAGUUACUUACAGCUUGUGAAUCCUCCACUUGUCUUUUUUAUAUAGCGCUGUUGAAAUUGGGUUUAACAGGAUGUCCGUCCCC